AUGAGCCGCCGCUUGUCCGCUCCUCCAGAUUAUGCCGCGCUACUGGACAAGUACGACACCUGGAUGUUCGACUGCGAUGGUGUUCUAUGGCAAGGAGACAAACUGAUUGAUGGCGCAGUGGAAGUCCUGCGACUUCUUCGUGAACGAAAGAAGCAAGUCUUAUUCGUCACUAACAACGCCACCAAGUCAAGAAAAAGUUAUAAAACCAAAUUUGAUCAUUUGGGGGUCGAGGCGCAUGUAGAUGAAAUCUACGGAUCUGCCUACGCGACAGCUGUGUAUAUCUCUUCUGUGUUGAAGCUAGCGAAAGAAAAGAAAGUAUAUGUUAUUGGAAUGGCAGGUCUGGAAGAAGAAUUGCGCGAUGAGGGUGUAGCAUACAUCGGUGGCACUGACCCAGUUGACAAAACGUUGGAGUCAUUUUCCCUGGAAAAUUUUGACUUGGAUUCCAAUGUAGCUGCAGUAGUCUGCGGCCUGGAUACUACCAUCAACUAUACGAAAUAUUCGAAAGCGUUCCAAUAUCUCACACGGAAUCCGGGUUGUCAGUUCAUUGUCACUAAUGAAGACAGUACUUAUCCAAGUGCUCAUGGUCUUCUUCCUGGGGCGGGCGCAAUAAGUGCACCUCUACGCUACGCCCUUGGAAAAGAUCCCAUCAGUAUUGGGAAACCGGCCAAAACGAUGCUCGAUUGUAUCCAAGCCAAAGUUCAUUUCGAUCCGGCACGAACUAUAAUGGUUGGUGACAGGCUCAACACCGACAUUCUGUUCGGACAGGCGGGAGGAGUAUCGACACUACUUGUUUUAACAGGUAUCACAUUGGAAAGUGAUAUUACGGGUCCGAAUGCAUCGACAAUAGUACCCGAUUAUGUGACCUCUUCAAUUGGAGACUUUCGUUCAGCCUAG